AUGGGCUUGAGUCGUUUGUUUUGCAAAAAGGAAGAUGAUCUCUCCAAACUAGCCAAAGCCGAGGCACACAUGAUCGAAUACGCCAAGAAAUUUGGAGAUCGCGAUGCGGAUUCCUUUGCCAUGGUGGCCCAAGACGUUUCCAUUCCCGCCAAGGCCUUGCCUCUGAAGAACCAUAAAACGCUGAAAAAAGACUUGCACAUGCAUCACGUCAAGGUGACGAACAACGAAUACGAUCCCAACAAGGAGGAUACACCGCUGGUGAUUCUACAUGGGUACAUGAAUGGCGCUCUUUAUUUUUACCGGAACAUUGUCAGUCUGAGCAAUCAUUUCAAUACUGUGUAUUCGGUAGACACUCUGGGCAUGGGAUUGUCGUCUCGGAAACCUGGACUCUUGAAAAAAGUAGGCCGGACGGUAGAAGAAACAGAAGCCUUCUUUGUGGAAGCCUUGGAAGCCUGGCGCAAGGCCAAUGGAAUAUCGAAAAUGAUAUUGGCCGGACAUUCCAUUGGGGGUUACAUUGGAGUUCCGUAUUCGGAAACCUAUCCCGAACGAAUCCAACAGUUGUUGCUAUUAACGCCAGUGGGAUUGACCAAGGAAAACCCAGAAGACAUUCGGGAGAUGCUCAAUUCCAUGUCCUGGACCCAACGGCAAACCGCCAGCAUGAUUCGAUACCUCUUUGAUUGCGGGGUGACACCCGCUAGUUUUUUGCGCAAGAUUCCACGAUCCCGUGCCAAGAGCAUGGUGGCAUCGUAUGUCGAACGACGACUCCCCGUCAUUACGGAUCCCAAAGAACAAAAGGCAGUCACCAAUUAUUUGUAUUAUCUGGCCAUGGUGCCUGGGUUUGGAGAAAACAUGUUGAAUCGGUUUUUGCGAUCGAGUUCGCAUGGCAUUCAACCCACCAUUGAUCGAAUCCCACAUCUGCAAGUCCCUCAAGUGAGUAUCAUUUAUGGGGAAUCUGAUUGGAUGGACAUUGAAGGUGGGAUUGAAGCGUGCGAACAAUCUCGUGCUCCCCACAAGACCCAUGUGGAAGUCUACCAACUUGCAGAUGCUGGACAUUUGAUGAUGUUGGACAAUUGGAGAGGCUUUUAUGCAGGUAUCGUCACCAUGGUCUGUGGUGGACGUGAAAAUACCCGUUUGCCACCCAAUUAUCCAUCACCAACCUUGGUACGAACGACACGAUCGGCCUCCAUUGUCUUGUCCAUUGAUAUUUCCUUGGAAGAAAAAUUGGACAAGGUGGCCCAAGCUACGACUUUUUAA